AAUCGGCGUUGCCUUGCUUGCUUUUGCCCUGCAUAGAGCAUGUACACAUCAACAACCUACCUAUAUCAACUCUGAUCAGCGUACAUCGAUCGAACAGAGCCAACAGCUAUCCCAUGUCGAUCCGUAAAAUGUCCUCGUUCAGUCGCCUCAUCCGCUUCAUCCCGCAAGCUGGCAAACGACCUCUGAUCGGUCAACCUUCCGAUCCCAACCUCGAUGUCGGACUCGCUUCUUACGAAUCGAAACCGAUCGAGGUGAACGUCUACUCGGGAGAUUCUAUUUUGAACGCAGGAGAACCUACCGGAGAGAAGGCGACGGUGGAAAAGCUGUUGAGCCCGUUACAGGCAGGAGAAGUCGGUACGAUCCGAUGCAUCGGGUUGAACUACAUCAAGCAUGCCAAGGAAGUCAACAUGCCUAUACCGGAGGUGCCGACCGUGUUUAUGAAACCGUCCACCUCGUUAGGCGGACCAUGGCCCGAGGAGACCAUCCUGCCCAAAUCGUUCUUGAAGGACAAUGCAGCAGACUAUGAAGCAGAGCUGGCGGUUGUCAUCGGGAAGCAAUGCAAGAACGUCUCCGAGGCCGAUGCGCUAGACUAUCUCUUAGGUUUUACCGCAGCCAACGACGUCUCUUCGCGUAUCCAACAAUUCGCUCAGAGUCAAUGGUCAUAUUCAAAGUCCUUCGAUCGGGCUUGUCCGAUCGGACCGGCGUUUGUCCACGCAUCCCAGAUCGAGGAUAUCGGGAAGAUGACCAUCCAGAGCAGUCUUAAUGGACAGACAGUGCAACAGAGUGGGCUGGACGAUCUCAUCUUUUCGGUCCGCAAGAUCAUCUCCUUCUUGUCCCAGGGUACUACCCUCAUGCCUGGAACGAUCAUCCUGACCGGAACUCCCGCUGGCGUCGGCUGGACUAGCGAGCCAAGGAGGGUCCUAAAAGCUGGAGACGAGUUCAGGGUUCGAGUGUCGCAUGGAGUCGGAACCUUGAUCAACAAAAUUGUCGAAGAGGAAUAGUACAUGUUUAUUAUGAAAUAGCGAUAAGAAGCAUAAAAGCUGCGAACCAGAUC